AUGAAAAAAUUGCUUCGCAAUCCCGCUCUUCUGGAACGGUAUGAUAAAGCCAUAAGAACCUAUCUGGAAGACGGGCACGCGGAAAGGGUACCGCCUCCUGUGGAUCAAGCGAACGCAAGGAAUAUGUAUUACAUGCCACAUCGUCCUGUGCUUCGUGAGUCCUCAUCUACGACAAAACUGCGCGUCGUCUUCGAUGCCUUGAGCCAUGCGGAGGGGAAACGAUCAUUGAAUGACUUUCUGCAGAAGGGACCCAACAUGGUUCCCGACCUCGUGCAACUUCUCCUAAAGUUCCGGCUUUACAGGAUCGCCAUAACAGCAGACGUUAGGAAGGCGUUUCUGCAGAUAGGUAUAAAACAGGAAGAUAGAGAUUUCCUUCGAUUCCUGUGGUUCGCCAAUUCCCCUGCACUCAACAACGAAGAACUCAAGCUGGAAGAAUGGCGAAUGACUAGAGUGCCAUUUGGCACAACUGGGAGCCCUUUCCUUCUCGCUGCCACUCUUUCGCAUCACCUGGACUAG